AUGCAGGACCACUCAGUGGGCCGGCCUAUGAAGGUCAGGGAACACAGGAAACACAGAGUCAAGGAGAAGAGCAGCAGGAAGCUCAGCUCAGAGUUAUUGGCCCUAACAAUGGCAAACUGGAACCCUCUGAAAUUCAAACUUGAUGCAAACACUCCUUUCUGUCAGAUCCUGGGGAGUCCAGAGUUUCCUCUGCUGUCUAAGGAGGGAGAUGUCAUGAUUGGGGGAGCCUUUUCCAUCCACAGCAAAAUCACACAACCUCCACUUUCCUUUACAAAGAAACCAUCACGUCUCAUAUGUUCCAGUGUGAACCUCAGGGAGUUUCGAUUUGCCCAGACAAUGAUUUUUGCAAUCCAAGAAAUAAACAAAAGCAAAUAUCUUCUUCCCAAUGUUUCAAUUGGAUACCGUAUUUAUGACAACUGUGGCUCAACAUUAUCCUCAAUGCGUGCUGUGAUGGCCCUGAUGAACGGUGAUGAGUGGACUGUGGGAAAGAGCUGUUCAGGACAAUCAGCUGUUCACGCUAUAAUCGGGGAGUCUGAGUCCUCUUCAACCAUUGUCCUGACACGUACUACUGGACCUUUCAAAAUACCUGUGAUAAGUCAUUCAGCUACUUGUGAGUGUUUGAGCAAUAGGAAGGAGUAUCCCUCUUUCUUUCGAACCAUUGCCAGUGAUCUCUACCAAAGUCGAGCUCUUGCCCAGAUGGUCAAGCACUUUGGCUGGACCUGGGUCGGGGCAGUCAACAGUGACAGUGACUAUGGCAACAACGGCAUGGCCAUCUUCCUUGCUGCAGCCAAGGAGGAAGGAGUGUGUGUGGAGUAUACAGAGAAAUUUCACCGGGCAGAACCAGAAAAACUCAUGAAAGUUGUAGAAGUGAUCCGAAAGAGCACUGCCCGGGUCAUUGUUGGUUUUCUGGCCCACGUAGAGAUGAACAACCUUCUGGAGAAGUUAAGUCUGCACAACAUCACAGGCCUGCAGUUUAUUGGUGUGGAGGCCUGGAUCACUGCUGACAGCCUCGUGACUCCCACCAGCUUUAGUGUGCUAGGAGGUUCACUGGGUUUUGCUGUGCAAAAGGCCAACAUCAGUGGCCUGGAUGAUUUCUUAAUCAAAGAUUUCUGGGGGACAGAGUUUAAGUGUAAGGAGACAAACGGUGACACCAAUGCAGAAACAGCAACAUGCAAAGAAAACCAGGAUCUAAUUGAGUUUAAAGACAAUGAUGAUGAUGUUGCAGAGCUGCGAUACUUCAGUAACAUUUACAAAGCUAUCUAUGCUGUGGCCCAUUCACUGCACAGCCUUUUAAAAUGCUCAGAAAGUCAGGGGUGUGACAGGAUGAUAAAGGUUACUCCUUGGCAGGUAGUGGAGUCUUUGGAGCAGGUCAAUUUUACCAUUAACAACGGAGACCGGGUGUGGUUUGACAGCACUGGAGCAGCUGUGGCUAAGUAUGAGGUGGUGAACUGGCAGCGUGGAUCAGAUGACUCAGUCCAAUUUAAACCUGUCGGCUAUUAUGAUGCCUCCCUACCUCCUGGAAAGAAGUUUGUCCUCAAGACUGAAGCCAUAAUGUGGCCUGGGGGGAAGACAGAGUUGCCUGUGUCAGUGUGCAGUGAAAGAUGUCGUCCAGGAACUCAUAAAGUCCUUCAGAAAGGAAAGCCAGUCUGCUGCUAUGACUGCAUGCCAUGUGCAGAGGGAGAAAUCAGCAACAGCACAGGAUGUAACUGA